AUGGUGAUGUGGCUGCAGGCGUGCAAUCAGAAGAUUUUGGUGGGCCAAUCCGCCGUGAAUGACAAGAGUUUGCGCUCGCACAUCAUCUUUCGUAUUGUCGUCAAGAGCAAGCAGAAGGACGUCCCAAGGAGACUUUUGCAGGAAGACGGGCAUCGAGCAAUGCUCGUCUCUAGCUUGGAAUUUUUGAAUUAA